UGUACCGUGUUUACUUCCGUUUCGCUAUCAUCCAUCAUGUGCAAUUGACUCGUUGGUAUUACUUGUGCUGAAAGAUCAUCCACCACGAUGCCUCGUGUACCAGAUAGAUGGGAAAUUUAUUCAAAAUUUGGUAAAAUUAUUAAAGGUACUCGGUUCCUUCCCUGUAAGACACCCUUGAGGCCUAAUCUGACUGUUUCUCUUGCUGAUGAGAUGAGAUUUACGCCAAAUGACUUGAUUGAAGCAGUGCCACAAAUUGGUCUUGUUGUUGAUUUCACUAACACUAAAAGAUACUACAACCCAAUUGAUUUCAAAAUUAAAGAAGGAAUAGAUUAUAUGAAAAUCUACACAGAAGGAAAAGUAAUUCCAAAGAAAGAGAUUAUAUCAUUAUUCUUUGAAACUGUUGAUGCUUUUUUGAAGGAUUCUUCUAAGAAGAAUAAAAUCAUUGUUGCCCACUGUACUCAUGGAAUCAACAGAACUGGGUAUUUUAUAUGUCGAUACAUGAUCACUAAACUGAAUUUUCCACCCCAAGUUGCUAUUGAUGGUAAGUAAUUUUUUUGUCCAGAAGUUUAGAAUUAUUUAGU